GUUUGCGGAUGGUGACAUCAGAGUCUAGCAAGUACACUCACUACCGCUUGCGUCAGGAGUCUGAAAGACCUGGCUUGAGCCGACACAUGCAAGAUCAAGCUGCAAGCUGUGAAUAGAAAAGGAACCCUAGAAGUCAAAGAGGACUCAAAGAGCAAUCGGUUUAUUAUCCUACAUACAUCAUUCACUCUCAUUUGAGAGGAGCUUUAUGCCGUAAAAUCAGCAAAGUCGCACUCAUAAUUUCGGCUUCAACAUCUAAAUCAGCCCACGACUUCUGACCAUCGCAAUGCUCCUAUAAAUCAAGGUGACAAGAUACGAAUGAAAUAUUGACACAGGCACUUUGGGAGAAACCAGAGGCCACAGUGACAAUGGAGGCGAGAGACACCAAGAUCGCGACAGGAGCCUCAGUCGCGCUGAGGGCACUGAGCUAUGUAUUCUUGAGAUGGGCGCUGCAUCCCGCUCUCCCAGCCGUCAUAUUCACCCUCUUUGCAGUGUAUCUGCCGGCUUUCAUCUUGGGCUACAGAAAGGAGCCAAAAUAUCAACUGGUCAAUGAAGUUGACGUUGUGGUUACCGAAACCACGGUGGAAAAUGAGGCUUCCCAGAUGCCAGGCGCUAUGCCAGACUCGGGGGCCCCCAACGGGGACAAGCAGGUUGUGGCCGAGGACAUUGCCAUCAAGGAAACCAUUUCCGUCCAGGACAGGCCGCUCAACCUUUGGCGGACAUUGCUGACGGGAGCCCCAAAUCCGCGAAGCCUGCCCCUGUCCAUCGCAACGCUCCUCCUCAGCACCCUCUGCGUUGGCUUCGUUGCCGACCGCCUCUUCCGAGAGCGCUACCACCCCGUUGACGAUCUCUCAUUCGUCAGGCUCGGAUAUGUGUCCGAGAAAGAGGCCAAUCUUCUAAUUCGGGAGCCGGAUUGGUCCAAGAUGCCUGUCACCGUCGAGGUCCGAAUGAAGGACCCGUUACCCCCGUUCGACAACCCGUUGUGGCAAGAUGCGGGCGGAGUGAGAUGGACCACAAAUGAGACCGACUACACGGCUGUUGUGCGCAUCCCUUUGAACCAUGCAAAGAGGAGAACCUACGAAUGGCGAACGUCUAACAACCAUUCCGGCGAGUUCACCGCGCCCCCGCCAGUCGGCCACGCUGAGGAGACCAACUACGGCCCGUUCACCUUCGUCACGACCUCCUGCAUCGUUCCCCGCUUGCCCUACAAUCCUUUCCAACACCCACUUUCGAUCCCUGGGCUCAAGCACCUUGCCAGAGUCCUGCCUUCCCUCCGCGCCCAGUUCAUGCUCUUCCUCGGCGAUUUCAUCUACGCCGACGUCCCGCGGUACUGGUCCAAAGACAAGUCCUACUACUACCAAAAGUACCGCCAAAUCUACGCCUCCCCGGAGUGGCCUUUGGUGGGCCAGAAUCUGAGCUGGAUUCACACCCUCGACGACCACGAGAUCGCCAACGACUGGUCCGCCAACUCGACCGGCGCGUACGCGGCCGCACUGCGCCCGUGGCGUAACUACCAAGCCGCGGCCAACCCGCCGCCCGCCAAGAAGGCAGGGCACCUCAGGCCGCGCACGGGGGCGACCUAUUUCGAAUUCACCCAGGGCCCGGCCAGCUUCUUCCUGCUGGACACGCGCUCGUUCCGGUCCGCCAACGGCCUCCUGGCCGCUGACGACACCAACAAGACCAUGCUGGGGCCCGAACAGCUCGAGGACUUCCUCUACUGGCUGCGCCGGCCGGAGCCCAAGGGGGUCAAGUGGAAGAUUGUGGCGUCGUCGGUGCCCUUCACCAAGAACUGGCCCGUCAACCGGCGCGACACGUGGGGCGGGUUCCUCGCCGAGCGGCGCAGGGUGCUCGAGACCAUGUGGGACGUGGCCAGCCGCGGGGUCGGCGUCGUGGUGCUCUCGGGCGACAGGCACGAGUUCGCCGCCACAAAGUUCCCCCCGCCCAAGGACGGGAGGUGGCCUGAGAGUGCUACCGUUUGGGAGUUUUCGGUUAGUCCACUUAGUCAGUUCUACUCGCCGAUUCCGACGUAUCGGCAGACGGAUGAGGAGGAUGUCAAGGUUAGAUAUAUUCACACGGGUAACUCCAAAUUCGGGGUGGUCACGAUUGAGAACCUAGAGGGCGGCGAUCGGAGCAGCAGUCUGAAAUACCGGCUUUUUGUGGAUGGUGUGGAGGUGUGGAACACGAUGAUUCUGUCACCACAGCCGGCCUCUGCGCAGUCAAAACCUGAGGGCUCCUUCUGGGAUAGGUUCAAGUUUGGUAGCUAAAGGGUUGAGGUUAGGGAGCUUUAAGUUGAGGUCAAGAAGAGUAAGGUCAAGGUACAAUACCAAAAUGUUGGAGUUUCUCCGACUGGGAUAUGGGAGAGUUGGCUCUGGAAUCCAAAAUAUCGGCCCAACCCCAGGCUCACCGGACCCUUACCGUUUCGGUCAUCCUGGGUCUCUUUGUCUUGUAAGGAGUUGGGUCGCAUGAACUAAAGCAU